UUAACCUCAUCGUACUCGCCUUUCUGUGACUUUACAUCGUCGUUGGUUCUUUUCACGGAGCGGAUCUCUUCACCCGUGUGAUCGGAGGAUCUGCAAGAGUUCCUUACCCAGAAAAAAGAGCAAUACGAUUACCCAAUCCAUAUGGCUUCAACGAGCAGACGGAAUUCUCUCCAAGAAGAUGAUGCGGAAGAAGAGGUGCAACAUUUCGAUGAUUUCACUCUUGCUUCAUCCUGGGAAAGGUUUAUUUCAGAUAUUGAAGCAACUUGUCGUCAAUGGCUAGCCGAUGGUCCCAAAAACCUAGUGGAAAAGGGUGCUGUUACAGUGGAAGAUUCCAAGAAUCUGUUUAAGGUCAAAUACGACCUGAAAAAUGUCACAAAGAGCUACUGUAUGGAGUUCUACUUCCAAAUUGACGAUAAUGGUAGCCAACAAGGUGUAUAUGAUUACAGGGUAAUAGGGAGAAACUGUAUUUUCUUUUUCAUGAUUUGGUAUCUGACUGAUGCAGCGGGAGUUGAUAAUUGGAACACUAGUUCACAUGAUCUCCAGCUUUGCUUUGGGGUGAAGGAUUUUCUGUUGAUUGCGCCACAAAGUGCCAGUGGGGUGCUUCUUGAUACACCGGAGUCUAGCAAGCUUCUGAGUUCGGUUGCUAUUGCUUUGUCUAACUGUGCCAGCUUGUGGCCAGCCUUCGUCCCUGUGCAUGACCCUUCACGGAACGCAUAUAUUGGAAUCCAGAAUAUGGGCACUGUUUUUACUAGAAGAUUUGAAGCAGAUCGCAUUGGUAGUCAAGUCCCUGUGAAACUCAUGCACCUAGAAGGACUAUAUGAGUUGUUUGUUUCUAAGUUUGUUUAUUCUGGAGUGGACUUCUCAAUGCAUACUUUCAAAGUUCAUUUUAUGAUGAGGCUAACAUACGAAACCUUCACAUCUGACGAGGAUGAUGAGAACAGUGAUAUUGAUGAAUUUAUGGGUGACAAAGCUGACACUGCAGAACACCAUGGCUCUGAGUCACGCAACAAGGUGCACUGGGACGAUGAUUGUCCUUGGAGUGAGUGGUACUCUGCUGAAGAUCCACUUAGAGGAUUCGAAUUGGUGGUCACAUGGGCUGAUAGGACUGUAGAAAACACACUUGAGAUGGCUGAACUUGAAAAUGCUACACCUCAUGAAGCUGAGAAGUGGAUUUUACAUCCAGUCCUCUCACCAUAUCUGGGUGAGCCUUCACAUGGGAAAAGAAUUGAUUUUUCGUCCCAACUACUUUGCUUGGUUGGAGCAUUGGAUACGUCUUUCACAGCUCAGUUUAUGGAGGAUUUCGUGUCAGUGGAAAACUCAAGCUCUGAAAGUUUGAAGACUUCAGUGGUCAUACCUCCUCCAACAGUUCUUGAUCGGGUGAUUAAAGAUCUCUUUCAUGAAGGAUCUAAACUCCCAAAUUUUACUAAAGGCGAACACCGGCUUUCUCGAGCUCUUAAGGCUGCACCGCUUGAAUCUCUGUUCACACAAUUUUGUUUGCACUCACUGUGGUUUGGCAACUGCAAUAUCCGUGCCAUUUCCUUUCUCUGGGUAGAGUUUGUCCGUGAAGUUCGUUGGUGUUGGGAAGAGUCACAGCCGUUGCCAAAAAUGCCAAUCGACGGUUCUAUUGAUUUAUCCACUUGUUUGAUCCACCAGAAGUUGCAUCUGCUUGCAAUUUGCAUUGAAAAAAAUCGUGAAAUGAAUGAAGAGUUCCUAGACUGUAUAGGAAGUGACGACAGUUCAGAUGCUUCUGUUUCCGUGGAGGAAAAUCACAAGGUCGACAAGAGAAGAAAUAGAUCCUCAAAAGCAGGCCUACAGAGGAAACGUGACAGCUCAAUUGCAGAAGAUACAUCUAAUCAACUCAGAUUUGAGAGGAAAGCUGAAAGCAAAAAUUCUGUGAACCAAAUCCGUACAGAUGCCUUCAGGAGGGGUUCAGCUGGACCAGUGGGGACCAUGAUGCUCCUGAAGUCACAUCAGCCACUCCAUGCCCCAUUUACCCAGGAUCCACCUCUUAUGACUGAGGACAUGCACGAAGAGAGACUCCAGGCUGUGGAGGCGUUUGGUGAUUCCCUUAACGUUCCUGGCCAGUUGGAGAAGGACAUCUUAUUAUCUGACAUGUCAGCUUUCAAAGCAGCAAACCCAAAUGCUGUGUUCGAGGACUUUAUCAGAUGGCACUCACCUGGAGAUUGGGAGAGCUCUGAGCCUGAAGCUGCUGAAGCAUCGGCAGGCUCCAGCACCGAGGGCUCGAAGGAUAAAUGGCCUCCUCAUGGUCGCCUUUCUAAACGGAUGUCUGAUCAAGGAAAUCUCUGGCGGAAAAGUUGGAAUGAUGCACCCGCUUUGCAAGCCGAUGACCAAAAACCCCUCCUAGACCCAAACCGAGAGGGAGAAAAGAUUCUUCAUUACCUGGAAACAGUGAGGCCCCAUCAGCUCCUUGAGCAAAUGGUCUGCACAGCCUUCAGAGGAGCAGCCGACACUCUUAACCAGACAAACUUCGGGGACAUGAGACAAAUGACCUCUAAAUUGGAACAGCUCUACCUCAUCAUCAAAUCUACUUUGGGAGUUCUACAGCGCAACCAUGUUCCAGAUAGAGAACAGGCCGUCAAAGACCUGAGACGUCUCUGCGUGGCCUUUGAACACGUAGAGAAGUUGGUAACGGUCGCAGCAUCUCUUCACAGAAAGUUCCUUGACGCAUCACGCCUUGCUCAAGUUAUAUUCAGCGACUUCUACGCCCUUUAUGUUCCAAUGAUGGGAAUAAACUCAAAUGACGAAGAAGAGAACAAAAGCAGGACGCAGGAGAUGCAAGUAGGGAGACAGGAAGUGAGUUUCAGAGAGAGACAAGUGGUGUCGAAUCUGUUCUCGCCGCCAUCAGCGAACCAGUCUUGGAGAAAAGUGUUGAGUAUGGGAAAUCUACUAAACGGACACGAACCUAUUCUCAGGGAGAUCAUUUUCUCCACCGGAGAUGACGUCAACAACGGAAUCCAUUACGCUGCAGCUGCUGAUGUGGCGGCCAGCGGUGACCGGAGAGGGGAAGAAAUCGAGACACAUAGAAUGUACGUCUCUGGAACAUCUAACGAUCUCCGAGUUGCACUCUCUGUCACUUCCUGCGAUUGAAUUCUUUUUUUCAUUUUGGUCCUUUAAUUUUCGAUAUUUAUUAUUUAAUAGAAAUUUAGCAAUUGAACAAAUUUCAAAGCGUAAUUUAUUCCUUGAUGUGUAUUAAUUCAGACAAUAAAUAAAUCUCACAUAAAUUUAAGUAUUUAACAUUAAGGAA